CUAGUUCCCCACCGCCCCCGCCCUCCUGCUUUGGUUCCCUCGGCAGCCGACGCUGCCUGGCCUCCUAUCCACGAUGCAGCAGGCAAUCCCACAGAUGAAUACGAAGUCGACUAUAUUAUGGACCAAAGCGGCUCGGGAGAUGCAGCUCAGUACCUCGUGAAGUGGCGCGGGACCCCUGAAGAGCAAGCCACAUGGGAACCAGCUAACCAUCUUACCGGCUGCCCGGCUUUGCUUCGCGCUUGGCGCCGCCGCCAACGAAGACGUCUUCAAGCUCGAAACAACAUUGGCCCUUCCGAAGCGUAG